UCACGCUACCCAGUACAGUGAGCUCCCCUCUCCCUCUCUCACUCUACCAAACUGCAGAGGAGAGGAGAAUGGCGAUCGCUCUCCGAUUAGCGGCCGCGCCGCUCCGCCUCCGCCUCGUCUCGCCGGCCCCUCCGGCGAUCGGCGGCGCGGGAGAUGGAGGACGACGAGGAGGAGGAGGAGCAGCUCGUAUCGGUGUCCUGGGCAGGGCUCGCUGCCGCCGCCGCCGCGGCGGAGGCGGGAGACUGGAGGUGGCGGCGGCGGCCGCCGAUGACUCCGCUCGCUGUCGGGCCAAGGGAGUGGGCGCCGCCGCCGCCGCGGCGGAAACCCUAGGUGGGAUCGGGGUGGGAGGUGGGGACCAGCUGAGCGUGGUGAUGAAGUUCGGGGGGUCGUCGGUGUCGUCGGCGGCGAGGAUGCGGGAGGUGGCGGGCCUCAUCCUCGCCUUCCCCGAGGAGCGCCCCGUCGUCGUCCUCUCCGCCAUGGGGAAGACCACCAAUCUCCUCCUCCUCGCUGGUGAGAAGGCAGUGGGAUGCGGCGUGAUCCGUGUUUCGGAAAUUGAAGAGUGGAAUUUGAUCAAAGAUCUACACAUUAAAACUGUGGAGGAACUUGCACUGCCAAGAUCUGUAAUACACACUAUGCUGGAUGAACUGGAGCAGCUCUUGAAAGGUAUUGCAAUGAUGAAAGAGCUGACACUUCGGACCACUGACUACCUUGUUUCAUUUGGGGAGUGCAUGUCUACACGGAUUUUUGCUGCUUAUUUGAACAAAAUCGGAGUAAAAGCACGGCAGUACGACGCAUUUGAUAUUGGUUUCAUAACAACAGACGAUUUCGGAAACGCGGACAUCUUGGAGGCAACUUAUCCUGCUGUUGCGAAGAGAUUACAUGGAGACUGGAUUCGUGAUCCAGCGAUACCUAUUGUUACUGGGUUCCUUGGGAAGGGCUGGAAAUCAGGCGCUGUAACCACUUUAGGCCGAGGUGGCAGUGACUUGACUGCUACAACCAUUGGUAAAGCCCUGGGGUUGAGAGAAAUUCAGGUAUGGAAAGAUGUUGAUGGUGUACUGACCUGUGAUCCAAAUAUCUACCCGAAUGCAACCACUGUGCCAUACUUAACAUUUGAAGAGGCAGCAGAACUUGCUUAUUUUGGUGCCCAGGUAUUACAUCCACAAUCUAUGAGACCUGCUAGAGAAGGUGAUAUACCAGUCAGGGUUAAGAAUUCGUACAACCCUAAAGCUCCAGGCACCCUGAUCACUAAACAAAGAGAGAUGGAUAAGGUUGUGCUAACUAGCAUAGUGCUCAAGUCAAAUGUCACUAUGUUGGAUAUAGUAAGCACUCGGAUGCUUGGUCAAUUUGGUUUUCUGGCAAAGGUCUUCUCUAUAUUCGAAGAUCUAGGGAUAUCUGUAGAUUGUGUGGCUACUAGUGAAGUUAGUAUUUCUGUGUCGCUUGAUCCAUCAAAGAUCUGGAGCAGGGAACUUAUUCAACAGGAACUUGACCAUGUAGUUGAAGAGCUUGAGAAAAUUGCAGUUGUCCAUCUACUUCAGCAGAGGGCAAUAAUAUCACUCAUUGGAAACGUACGGCGAUCAUCUCUUAUACUGGAAAAGGCCUUUCAAGUGUUGAGGAAAAGCGGGGUGAAUGUCCAGAUGAUCUCGCAAGGUGCAUCCAAGGUUAACAUGUCUCUGAUUGUUCAUGAUAGCGAGGCAAAGCAGUGCAUAAAGGCCCUCCACCAGGCGUUCUUCGAGGACGAUGUCCUGACAGAAGUCGAGGAAGAAGCCCUUCACAUGAGCUGAUCAGCUUAGUCCGUACAACCCCAGAAAAACAAAUAUUGCAACCUGGAGCAGGUUUUCUAGCAUCGCCUCCAGUUAUUUUUUCACUCGUAUGACCAGCAUUCGAUGCGUUGUUUCCUCGCUAGUUCAGGUGGUUUAGUUUGACAUUUGGUAGCUCGAUCUGUUUUUUACCAGGAUGCAAAACGACUGGAGCAUGCGUCACAAGUUCCUCGCUUGAAUGUGCUUUCACUUUGGAUCUAAAGUGCCUUAAAAGUAUUAAAAAAACUUGAUCUAAAGUCUUAGUUUGCGUUCU